GAACGCUCUGUCGUCUUGGAGGGGCCAAUCACUAGUAACCGAGCUCGGUUCGGCAUCACGAACGCCACUGAUACUACCCCCCUCUCCGGGAUAUUACUCGCCAAACCUAAAUGAACUUCGUCGAUGGACGGGCUGGAUGGGACCACUUUAGAGGGGUUCCAUCAACAACACACUGCAUGUGCUUGGGACACGGUGCAACCCGAAUGCAGGAUACUCCAGACUGCAACGCAUGGCGUUCUGGCGAUUGAUUACAAGGCUCCAGCUAACGGGCACUCUAUGACUCAUGUCGAGCUAACAGUUUCUACUUCAGGACCGUGGGUUUCUCCCCCCGCGCUUCCGGCCCCAGUAGCAGACGCAUUCGGCCAGCGUCGUACCGUUUCAUCAGGGUCCCGUCCCUCUGCUGUAGAUUGUGUCUAUGACAUGCGCUGGGCGUCAAGGAUCGAGACCGGAACGAUCCGCCCCGGCUGGGGCAUCCAUAUUGCUUGCUAUUCGCGCGCCAGUAGUUCUUGGAGACGAGAGGGGAAAACAGUGGGAUGUCCGUUGGGCGCCUGCUACGGAGGUAGCCAACGGCCUUCAGUAGGAUAUCACCAAAGAACCCCGCCGAUUAACACAACUCUUGUCCCUGUCCGUGUUUCACCGUUUCCCGAUGGACCUUCUCGGCAGGUUGCGGCCACUCAAAACGAGUCAAGCCAUGUCUUGCGGCCCAGUUGGGCAGUCAGGGGCUCCUUGGGAGUCGCGAUUGCAUGACCGGAUUUGGUAUCCGCUCACACGACUUGGGCAUCAUAUAUGUGGGUGAGAUGUGCUGCAGGUAUAAAUCACUCUUGGUGGAUUGUGUCUCAUGUAGGGGCCAGGAGACGGGGACUCAACGCAAUACUGCGUAAGUAAAUCUCCCUUUGGUGGUGUGGAGCAAUAGCCCA